AUGACAACCACAAAGGAAAUCAAAUCCUGUGAUCCAUGUCGUCUGCUGCAUCAUAAAUGUGAGAGGCCCCAACUCCAUAGCUUCCGUGCGCACCGCCCAAUUCUGACCAUACUCGAAGGCGAUGGCAACCUUCCACAAUGCGGCCGAUGUACGCGCACAGGACGAAAUUGCGUGCGCGGCCAACGACAGACUCGAUUUCGUCAGGCAAGAGGACGAGGGCCUCGCACUCGGUUUCCGGGUAACCAGGUUUGGGUCAAGCCGCCGCCACGAGUUGAUUUUGUCCUAGAGUCUGGCAAUGGAGAGCUGGAUAAUACAGUCGAUCUGUCUAUUGGGACGCAGCCUUUGGCCGACGGGUUGGGUUUCGGCGACAACCCACCAACUCCGAGCCCUGACACGCCAAAGUUUCCAUCGACCGCACACGGUUUCGACACUCUGAAUCACAACAAUAAUACAGAUGAAUCCCAGAGCCCAGUAUAUUACGGCAUUGCCGAAGGGCAUGAAUUAUCCCCUAAGCAGCGAUCUUGGCCCUUGAGGGACCCGGAAGAGGCCUUCCUUUUGAAACAUUUCGUCGACCGAACAUCAUCAUUCUUUGACUGUACAGAUUAUCAGCGGCACUUUGCGGUCCACAUUCCCAAUCGUGCCCGAUAUUGCGACACCUUGUUCAAUGCGAUCAUGGCCCUGUCGGCGCGACAGCUGAGUUGUACUACUAGCUAUGAUGCCUUUGUAUCAGCACAGUACUACCAGGCUUGCCUGGAGACCUUGAUCCCGGCACUAAACGAUCAGGAAGUGACUAUGGAUGACGAUCUGUUGGCAGCCACCGUCAUUCUCCGCCUGCUAGAAGAAUUUGACGUCCCGUUGGCGGGCUCGGAUCUUCGUGGCCAUUCUUUCGGCACAAGGGCUUUCAUACAGGGUCCGCCACCGUCGAUGACAAGAACCCCAAGCCUGCGACAAGCAGUCUACUGGAGCGGGUUGCGUCAGGAAAUUUAUAACGCGCUUAGUCUGCAACAAGCUCCCGACGUGGACCUGAGCUCCCUUCAUUCGCUGUUUACGGCUCUGGGCCCCGAUGAUGGAGAUUGUUUAUGGGCGAACCAGGCUAUCGCACACUGUGCAGAUGUCUUGUUAUUCUCAUUUGGCACGAAUCCACGGUCUACGGCAGUGCAUACUGACUUACAAGAACAGAACCAGCACUGGAGCGACAGUCGGCCCCCCUCCUUCGACCCAUACUUUAUAGGUAGUGACAAUGUUGAGAUUGGAGCCACCUUUGCCGAUGUUCGAUAUAGUUCUCCAUGGCACGCAAUCGGUUACCAAUAUCAUGAAUUGGCCAAGAUUUUGCUAUUUGUGCACGACCCUGGCCUCCCGACUGUUGGGCCACUGAGAAGACGUUUAGCAAAGGAAGCUGAUCCAAAGUAUCAAAUUCGAAAGAGCGUGUGGACAAUGUGCGGGGUCGCGUUAUCAAACAGCUCUGUCCCCCCUGCAAUGGUUGUCGGUUGCAUGGCCCUCCACCUAUGUGGCGAUCGGUUUACAGAAAUGGUAGAACAGGAGAUGCUGAUUCAAGUCCUUUCACGCACUGAACGGUUGCAUGGGUGGCCAACACACGCGCUGCAGCGUCAACUUAAGGAAACUUGGGGAACACUCGAAAGCGAUUGA